AUGGCUGACACCGGCAAGACCUUUGUGGUGGAACAUCUAGACCCUGAGCUGGAGGAGUGGUCAUCUCUUGAGUACUCCAGUAUCGCGUCAGAGUCACAUGCAUCCGGCGCACAGUUCCUGCUGUCUUCAGUGCCCGCUUCGUUGAAGCUGCCAGCCAACCUACAGGGCGCCAAGGGACUCAAUGUCGAGACAAGAGGUAUUGAAGAAAUCUAUGCCGAUAAGAAAGACAAGGUGUGUCUACUGGAUCCUGCAGCAGCCAAGGACUUGAGCCCAGAAGAUGGCGAGACAUUCGAUAUCUUCUUGUUUGGCGGUAUACUUGGAGACGAUCCACCACGAGACCGUACUUCGGAGCUGCGCAAGAAAGGAUACCAAGGGCGUCGCCUGGGACCAGUACAGAUGACGACCGACACAGCAGUACGUGUCACGAGGAUUUGCGUGCAAGACAAGGUACCCGUCGACAAGAUCCCGUACAUCGACCAUCCUGAUCUCAAGAUCAACAAGAACGAGAGCACGCAAAUGCCGUUCCGCUACGUCAAGGACGAUAACGGGGAACCUAUCAUGCCCAAGGGAAUGCGUGAGCUGAUCGUCAAAGACUCAGCCAAGAGCCUGAACGAUCUCUUCUGAACAUGGGCUGCCUUCGCAUUUCAGGCGCGCAUCUUCGCGUACCAACAGCACGGAAGAUGAGCAUGCGCCACUGUGGCACACAGUCAUCAACGAUCAUUGACAUGUACCGCUUGCGGGAAUUCCAAAAAAGCAUUUCGAGGAUUGGAAAGGGGUCCGCGGUGUAGUACUAGGCGGGACUCUAGCUCUCUGUCGGGGCAUCGACGAGACGGACCGAAUCGGAUGCUGUGGUGCUCUAGAACGUCUUUCACGUUGGCGCGGAAUGACGGCAUAACAAGUUGGUGCUAAAGGGAUAGUAGUCUACGUAGUCCAAAGAGUUAUUGUCAGCCCGGCGAACCUUGGGAUAUGAGAUUGACAACUGCAUGCGAACAUCGGCGGC